UUCGAGUAGAUUUAGGGUUUCACCCACGCCGCUUUCUGUUUUCAUCCCCAGCCAUGUCGAGCGAAAAUUCCGGCGACAAGUUCCCUUCUCUCAAGACUCGAGAAUCUCUUCUCCGAUCGGCAACCUGCCACCUUGCGGUCGAUCUGAAUCUGGAUUAUGAAAGAAUAGCUCGGAUGAGUGCGGGUUUCAGUGAAUCUGAUUUUACUCGUUUGGUGAAUGGAGCCGCCCGUUAUGCUUUGUUCAGGAGAUCAAAGGAAACCGAUCAACCAUUGUCAGAGGUCACCACCGAUGAUUUCUUGGUGAGAAUCUAUUUGUCUUAGUUCUUUUGCUGGUUCCAUAUCUAACUAAAGCUUCAACCACAGGAAGCGCUAAAGAGGUUGCAAUAUGUUGUAACUAAUAACGGAUUCUCUACUAAGCCUGAUGUAACCUGGGAUGACGUUUGGGGCCUUGAUCAUAUAAGACAGCAGCUCUAUGAACAUGUAAUUCGACCAUUUAAAUCUCAUGAAGAGUGCAAGGUAAAUAAUCCAAUAAUUUUUAU